CGUGGGGGCUUGUAAAACGCUUGGGCUUGGCAUGACGCUUCAUUCUGAAAGGUUAUGUGUAAAGAGACUGUAUCACACGCCCAGUCUGGAGCAAUAAUUUCGGUUUUUUUGAUAGAAAAACUGUAAAAAAGUUAGUACAACCAAAAGUAGUGAUUGAAGUGACUGUUUGUGUUAUAAAAACGAUUGUGACUGUUCAGUUCCGUAUCGAAAAACCAUUGAAAAACGUUCAUUGUUUGUCGCAAGUACUUGGCGGCAUUUUGUUUUUUGUUUGUUGAGAAAAGGAAAAGUUUAACAAACUAUGGCCAGUAAGGCAAAGCGAGCUGGCGCAAGUACGCCAGUCCCGACCGCUCAAGCACCACCGCCACCAAAUGUUCGUCCAGCGAGUCCAUUGAGUCCAACCCGGCACAGUCGUCUUGUGGAAAAAGUUGAACUUCAGAACCUGAAUGACCGCUUGGCGGUAUACAUUGACCGUGUAAGAUAUUUGGAAACUGAAAAUGCACGGCUCACCGUUCUCAUUCAGACAUCGACGGAAACAGUAAAUCGUGAAACCAGUAACAUUAAGCAGAUGUACGAACAUGAACUCACCGAUGCACGUAAAUUACUCGAUGAAACAUCCAAAGAAAAGGCUAGACUGGAAAUCGACAUGAAGCGGUUGUUUGAGGAGAUCGACGACCUGAAACACAAAUACGACAAAAAGUGUAAAGAAGCUGACAUUGCCGAAGGUGCUGCUCGUUCAUACGAGUCUAAGUACAAUGACAUCAACAACAAGUACAACAACGCUGCUGUUGAGCGUAAGAAGGCUGUUGACAGUGCUAAAGAUCUGGAACGUGAAUUGAACAAGCUUCGCAAACAGCAUGAGGAACAUCGAAAAAGUUUGGAAGAGGAAACUCUGGCUCGGGUCGAUUUGGAGAACACCGUUCAAAGUCUUCGUGAGGAGCUUUCUUUCAAGGAUCAAAUACACACCAGAGAACUGAAUGAGACGAGAACUCGCCGUCAAGUGGAUAUCAGUGAAAUUGAUGGACGUCUUGCCGAACAAUACGAAGCCAAGCUUCAGCAAUCACUACAAGAGCUUCGUGAACAAUACGAAGGCCAGAUGAGAGCUAAUCGGGACGAGAUUGAGUCGUUGUUUGAUACAAAAAUCAAAAACGUUCAAAAUGCAGCUCAACGGGACAAACAAGCUUUGAGCUCUUUAUCGGAGGAACUGCGUCUCAGUCGUUCCCGUAGCGAUGGAGUCAAUGCCCGAAUCAGUGAAUUAGAGCAGAUAAAUUCAUCGUUGAAUGAACGCAUUCGAGAUCUGCAAUUGAUGGUGGAUGGCGAACGAGCUCGUACCGCUGAAAGUGAAGCCGAAAUCAGUCGUCUUCGUGAGGAAAUGGCACAUCAACUACAAGAAUAUCAAGAUUUGAUGGACAUCAAAGUGUCAUUGGAUCUGGAAAUCGCAGCCUACGAUAAACUUUUGCGCGGUGAAGAACAACGAUUAAACAUUACACCCGGGAAUGCGGCCACUGCCAGCGGACUAUCGCAAUCAUUCUCACGUUCCGUUCGUGGAACGCCCAGUCGUCGUACACCAGCCGCUAAGCGUAAACGUGCAGCCUACGAUGAAUCGGAUGAGAUCACCUACGAGUACGCCGUCGACAGCACAUCGACUGGAGACAUUGAAAUCACCGAAGCCGAUUCCGAAGGGAAAUUCGUCAAGCUGCACAAUAAAAGCGACAAGGAAGUGGCAAUUGGUGGAUGGCAACUGAAUCGUAAAGCCGGCGACAAUGAAACCGUUCACAAAUUCCAUCGUUCCGUCAAGAUUGAGGCCGGUGCUGAUGUUAUUGUUUGGUCGGCCGACAGCGGUAUAACCGCCUCACCGGGUAACAUAAUCAUGAAGUCGCAAAAAUGGUUUGUGGGCGAAGAAAUGCGCACAACUUUGGUUAAUGGUGACGGCAAAGAGGAGGCUACUAACGACAGAGUUCGUCGUCAAGUUGCAACACGUUCAUCACGUUAUCGAACCAACAGCGGACAGAUUCACCAACAAAACGGUCAAGGUCAAGAGAAAUGCAGCAUUAUGUAAUCGUAAUCUGACACAUUUUUCUUGAGAAAAGAAAUUUUUCAUUUCAUUUUUUUGUCGACGCAUUCAGUUGAGUUCAUUUUUAUUGAUAAUAAUUCAUUGCCUUUACUUUUCAUUAAUUUUUUGUCGAAAUGAGGAAUAUUGUUUCAAUUGUAAGGAUUAAAAGAUUUAAAUAAAAAUUCUAUUCUACAUAAGA